AUGUCGUGCAUUGGUUAUCCAAUUUUCUGCCCAACCUGCUGUCUCGCCGAGCACCGGCGCACACCAUUCCACCGGGUUGAGCAGUGGAACCUCGGAGGAUACUGGGAGCCCUCAUGGCUCCGUCAAGUUGGCGUUUCAAUCACUCUCGGCCACCGGGGCAGAGAAUGCCCCCAGCCGGCGGUUGUCGUGGAGGAUGACGAGGAAGUGGAGAUGGACCGGGCGACCGAUCGCGCGGCCGACGAUGAUGGCGAUGUACCAGCGGACCCUCUUCACCACGCCGACUCACCUCCGCGACCCCCGCCCGCAAUGAUGACUAUUGUUGACACCACCGGGGUGCAUUUCCUCCCGGUGAUGUGGUGCGGCUGUCCCGACGCCGGUGACCACACAUCGCAGCUUCUCGAUGCCGAGUUGUAUCCGGCGAGCCAGCGGAAGGCUCGUACAUGCUUCACCUUUGGGGCCCUUGACGGUUUCCUGCUGGACAAUCUGGAGUGUAAGACUACCGCCAUGAAUUACUACGCACGGAUUCGACGGGCCACCAAUCUGGCUUUUCCCCAUGAAGUACCGGUGAGAUCAUACCUUGAGUUGCUUAGAGUGAGCCGCAAAUGGGCGUUGCUCCAGGCGAAGAAACAGUUUGGAUACGGGCCCCAGUGGCGAGAGGCACCGGGCAACGGAGACCUUGCUCACUUUUGCCCGGCAUGUCCGCAGCCCGGAGUGAACAUACCCGCGGACUGGGAGGUGGAUGAUAGGAAGUAUCUAUAUGCCCGAGGAUAUGUCAUGGAUGGGAACUUCCACGCCGAGCAAAUGAAAAUGCGCAAGCCCGAGAACGACGUACCGUUGAUGCCGGGGAAAAUGUUCAUGGUUCAUCCCGGCCCAUACAAGGAGCACCUGAGAGUAGCGAAGGACGUGAAGAUGCACUCAAGCUGCAACGACCACAAGGCGGUCUCCCAGGCCAACGCUGACCGGCAUAAGCUGGCUGUACCGGGAUCGGCGCAACAUCUUGUUUGA